AUGAUCCCACAGUGCGGUAAGCUUGCAGCUAACGCCAACGUUGCAGUGGUAGGUGCUGGUGUUGGCGGCUUGAGUUUCGCCUACUUCUUAAGUAAGCUAAGGCCAGAUGUUAACGUUACUGUUGUUGAAGCAUCAAAAAGACAAGGUGGAUGGAUCAAUUCCAGCAAGAUCGAAGAUAAGCCAGGACAUGCGGUUGUCAUAGAGAAAGGGCCAAGAACUCUUCGAGGGGUUGCCCCAGGGACAACCUUGAUUAUUGACACACUCAAGGCUCUAAACCAGGAAAGUGCUGUGUUUUACAUCGAAAGUCAAUCAGAAGCUAACCGCAAGUUCUUGUUGGCUCCUAAUGACCAACUGGUUCAAGUCCCGAACUCACUGCGCACUUUUUACAAGUUUAUCUCGGGUCCCUUAGGGAAAGGCUUCGGAAGCGGUCUUUUAGGCGAAGCUUUUAGAAAAGGGCCUGUUAACAAAAUUUCAGACGAAUCAGCACACAAUUUCAUAUCCCGUAGAUUUGGUAAUGAAUAUGUCAGUAACAACAUUUUCAGCGCGCUUUUCCAUGGUAUAUACGCGGGGGACAUCAAAAAAAUCAGUGCCAAGAAGACUCUGGGAACGAUGGUUGAGCUAGAGCAGAAGCAAGGCUCCUUAAUUAGAGGAAUGAUAAAGAAAUACAUGAGCAAGUCAGAUGGUGUUUCAGAGCCUCAGUUACCGGACUCCUUAAAGGAGUAUGGAAACCUUAUGGGCAGAGAUAUGCCCGACCUUAUGAAGCUGCAUUCCACGCUGAAAAAACUACCAAUGUUGGGUCUGCAAAAUGGCUUAGAGACCUUUCCUGAAUCCCUGGCAAUUGCUUUGGGUCAGAUGUCUAAUGUUAAGAUUCUCUCAGGGGAUGCUAGCUCUCGUUUAAGUAUGUCUGAUGGCAGCAAGGCCGAAAUUCACUUAGAGAGCGGCAGAAAACUGGCGAACUUUGAUCAUAUAAGACUCACAAACACUCCUGGCGUCAUUUCUAAGAUGAUACAAAACAAGGAUCUCAUUCGCCAGCUGCAAAAAGUCCACUCGAACACGGUUGUUUUGGUAAACUUCUACCUAGCCGGUGAGGACUUAGUCGAUACAUACCACUCAUUUGGAUACCUCGUUCCACAAUCAAACCGCAACGAGGAGAGACUCCUUGGCGUCAUAUUUGAUUCAGUAAUUGAGCAGAACUUUAAGCCGUUUGUUAAAUCUGGUGUGCCACACGCAGCAGUCAGGCAGAAGGGUAAAUACACGAAGUUGACUGCAAUGUUAGAGGGGCAUUAUUUAAAUGAGGAAGGAUUGGCGGGACUAAAAGAGGAUUCCUUCUACGUAGGCUCUGUCAAGCGCGCCCUUUCUAGGCAUAUGGGAAUUCCUGAGGAAGCGCUAAACCGUGGAAUCUGGCAAGUGACACCAGCCAAAGAAUGUCUUCCCCAAUUUUUUGUGGGAUACGAUGAUUGGCUUGCGCAGCUAAGUAAGCGUUUUGUUGAGAACUAUGGCUCUCAUGUUUCUUUGGGUGGUAUGGCUUUCGGAAAAGGACCAGGUGUUCCAGAUGUGGUAAUGGAUGGGUUUGAAGACGCUGCAAAGCUGGCUUGA